AAAGAUGCCUGAACUGACCGAAAUCAAGAACGAGGCUGCGCCCUCCACCUCCGCCGAGGCGAAACCCGAGGACGUGCGCGUCGAGGACGACGGCAGCGACAGCGACUCGGAUGGCGGCAUGCCCGGUUUGGAGGAGGCUGGAGCGGCCACCACGCAGCUGGGCGGCGGUGCCACCGGCCUGCCCAUCGACCUGGUGUCCAAGGCUAAGCAGUCGCGCGGCGAGAAGAAGGCCAGGAAGAUCAUGCUGAAGCUGGGACUCAAGCAGAUCCAGGGCGUCAACCGGGUGACGAUCAGGAAGUCGAAGAACAUCCUGUUCGUGAUCAACAACCCCGAUGUGUACAAGAACCCGCACAGCGACACGUACAUCGUGUUCGGCGAGGCCAAGAUCGAGGAUCUGUCGCAGCAGGCCCAGGUGGCUGCCGCCGAGAAGUUCAAGGCCCCCGAGGCUGCUGGCGCUGCCGACAGCGUGGGAGCCACCACAUCGGUGGCCCCGAUUGCCGAGGAAGACGAGGAGGAGGUCGAUGACACCGGCGUGGAUGAGAAGGACAUCGAGCUGGUCAUCACGCAGGCCAACACGACGCGGGCCAAGGCCAUCAAGGCCUUGAAGAACAACAGCAACGACAUAGUCAACGCCAUCAUGGAGCUGACCAUGCUCUAAAGCGGGCUCCAGCUGAUGCUGAACUCCUGAUUUUGUUGUUUACCCGCCUUUCGAUACACUACUGACCCAAAUGUUGUGCCUGCCCCCCGCGGGCAGCAUGUUACACCAGUCGAACAUUUAAUUAUAUUUCAAAAGAUUAUUGAGUCUUAAUAAAAGUGGAUUUCUUUCAGAUA